GCGACUAUCUUCCGGACACUCGGUGCCCAUUGGCCUCUGCAUGGGUCGAAGUCAGCUCACGAAGCCCGAUGACGUCCUCAAUCAGCAGUCAACAUCCCGCCCGAACUCGGUCAUCUCAUCAGAGCCCCUCUCCCAAAAGCGUGGGAUCUCAUUUCCCCACGCCCAAUCUCCCAGAUAUCUAUAAAUUCGCUCUCAAAAGACCGUUGCCAACCGUACAUCCGACCAGUCAGCACCUGCAAGCAUGGCAGGUACAGCGCUAGACCUCGCGAGGCUUAUAUCCGAGUCGGUGCAGACGAUCGACAGAGCGUGCAAGGAACAUGACACGUCGAUCCCCGAUCUGGACAAACCGUUCGACCCGAGCGCAGAGGCGUUUUGCGCGCUGCCAGGUGUGGGAAAGGCACUGAACACCGCGGUCGCCGCUGCGGACCAGCUUGUAGCUACGCUCCGCUUGGCCCCCUUAUCGGCGCUGUUGUAUUCCGGCGGGUUUGUCAAUUCUGCAAGCUUGAGAGUCGCUUUUGAGGGAAAUGUCGCUUCGAUCCUGACCGACGCUGGUGCGGAGGGGAUGCACGUGGAUGAUAUUGCUGCCAAAGCGGGGGUGGACGCGCCCAAGCUUGUGCGAUACCUGAGGUUCCUAGCGACGUUCCAUAUCUUUAGAGAGGUCCGGCCGGACGUGUUUGCGAACAACCGGAUCUCCUCUGUGCUAGAGCUUGGCAAGCCGCUCGCGGAGAUCCGAGCCAACCCGGUGAACAAAUACGAAGGUACGACAGGCAUACAAGCCUUCCUCGGGCACGUCCUGGACGAAGGGCACAAAUCCUCGUCCUGUACCUGGGAAACGCUCUCCGAUCCCCGCACCGCCUGCUCCGGAGCGCCAGAACACGCCGCCUUCAGCAAGUGGGUCGGCAGGGAGCUGUCGUAUUGGGACUGGCUGGAAUUGCCGGAAAGGAGGAAGGAGAUGGCUAGGUUUGGAGUGGCGAUGCGUGCUCUGCAGGGGAGUGUGGUGCCUGAUGCGAUCUUUCAUGGAUUCGACUUCAACUCCCUGACUGAGAAAGACCUGAUCGUCGACGUCGGAGGCGGGAUCGGGAACGCCAUGCUCCUCAUCGCGAGGUCCAACCCGGACGUGAGGAUCGUAUUACAAGACCGGGCUGCAGUGAUCGAUGACGCGCGAGAGCACUGGGAACGGGAGUUUCCAGAAGCGCUAAAAUCUGGCCGUGUGCUAACUGGGACUCCUCCGAAAUCACACGAUUUCUUCCUCCCCCAACCUGUGAAGGAGGCUUCUGUAUUCCUCCUCAGGUGGAUACUUCAUGAUUGGUCAACAGACUACGUCCACCGGAUCCUGGCCAACUUGCGUGCCGCAAGCGGGGAAAAGACGAGACUGAUAGUGAUAGACGCGUUGUUGCCGUAUGCGUGUCGUGUGCCUGAGGGGGGCGUGCCUAGUUGGGAGCAGGAGGGGGUGGGGGAGGGAAUGACAGAGGCAGAGGCACCAGAACCGCUACUAGCGAACUGGGGCAUCGUACGCGCUCAUAGUUAUCUCGGAGACCUGCAUAUGAACUCGCUAUUAAACGCUCAGGAACGGACGUUCCCUGAUCUUUGUAAAGUGCUGGAAGGAGCUGGGUGGAGGAUCGAGAGGGUGUUUCCUGAUAGGACGUAUUUUUAUCCUCAGGUUGUUGCUGUUCCUAUCUGAAGUGGAAAGAAGUACACAUAGAGUAGAAUAGUGUUGGUUAGAGUGUUUCAUAAGAUGUGGUAAUAUAUCGGAGCCGAAUGACUU